AUGCUACGUUCCCUACUAAUCGUCUCAUUACUAGCUAUCGCUUCCGCACAGAUAUGUAGUCGGGAAGACUGUAGUAAUCGAGGUUCAUGUAUGGGAAUGAAAACGGCACCAAUUUGCAUGUGUGAUUUUGGAUAUUUUGGAACGAGAUGUGAACAUAAUUUGAACUCAGGCUCCCUGACUUCCUUAUGCGACUCAAUGACAAGCUGCAGUGGCAACGGACUGUGCAUAGGGUCCAACUCACUGCUGCCAAUGAUGGCAGAUGCCUGCACACCGGAAGACUGCAGUAACCAAGGUGUCUGUGUGGGUACAAAGGAUCUACCUUUCUGUCUGUGCAAUCUGGGCAGGAUUGGAAAAUAUUGCGAACAGACCGUCAAUUCUCUUUUAAAUGCUGAUCCCAACGCACCGAUCACACCUUGUUCUCCAAGUGAUUGCAACAACAAAGGACUCUGUCUGGGGACGAAGAACUCGUUCGUCUGCGCUUGUCAACUCGGCUAUACGGGCAGCCGUUGCGAAAGCACUCCAUUCGCUCUUUGUGAUCCGCGUGACUGUGGGUCCAAUGGACUUUGCCUUGGAACCAAAGACAAAUUCACGUGCGCUUGUCAUCUAGGCUAUUCGGGAGAACGCUGUGAAACAAUAUCCGGUACCAUGUGCGAGGCCUCUGAUUGUAAUUCGGCUGGUCUUUGUAUCGGUACAAAGUCAAAAUUCAGCUGCGUGUGUAACCUCGGCUAUAUAGGAGAACGAUGUGAAACUCGUGUCGGGAUACUACCAGGUUUCGAAGGUGCUAUAUGUGAGACAAAGGAUUGUAGCGGUAAUGGAAUUUGUCUCGGUUCAAAGUUGGCACCAAUGUGUCUAUGCGCUCCAGGUUUCCUCGGUAUCAGAUGUGAACUUGAACCACUUUGCAACCCUCUCCUUCACUGCAGUGGAAACGGUAUCUGCUUGGGUACCAUCAAGUCGUUCACUUGUCUUUGCAACCUUGGGUGGACGGGCGUUACUUGUGCUCAGUCGACAUUAAUAGGAUAG